AGAACUCACUCCAGCUUCAAAGAGCUCAUGUGCUUCCCUUUUUGUGUUUGGAUAGUGUCUCCUCUUUGUCCUCCAUUUACCCACUGCUUUGUGCUUCUUGGUUGCUAGAACUAUCUUGAGGAAAAAAGGUGGCUUUUUUUGUAGGCCAGGAUGGGAGAUGAUGAGUUGUCUGUUGAUGAUAAUGUUGUUUCUGAAGCUGAGUACUAUAGUGAUUCAGUGGAAGAUGAUCAGCCACUGAGCUGCAGCCAUGGCUCCCUGGAAUCUCUGGUGCAGCUGAAGCCAAUGGGUUGGCCAAUGAGGAAGCUUCUUUCUUCUGUGGAGAAGAAAACCAAGGAUGAUAAACUCAAGCUCAAUGUUUCAGAGCUGGAGAUGAUGAUGAAGGAGAGGUUUUCAAAGUUGUUGCUUGGAGAAGACAUGUCAGGCUGUGGGAAAGGAGUUUGCCCUGCACUGGCCAUUUCCAAUGCUAUUACUAAUCUUUGUGCUACAGUAUUUGGGCAGAUAUGGAGGUUAGAGCCUUUAUCUUCUGAAAAGAAAUCAAUGUGGAGAAGAGAGAUUGAAUUACUUCUAUGUGUUACUGAUCAUAUUGUUGAACUAGUGCCAUCUUGGCAAACAUUUCCUGAUGGGAAAAAAGUUGAGGUUAUGACUUCAAGACAAAGGUCUGAUCUACAUGUUGAUCUUCCAGCUCUGAGAAAACUUGACAAGAUGCUUCUAGAAACAUUAGAUAGUUUCUGUGGAGUGGAAUUUUCGUAUGUUGAUCGAGGAGUAUUGUCUGCAAACCAUGAUGCUUCACUCUCUCCUCGAAGACCGAUUCACCUCCGAGAGGAGAAAUGGUGGUUACCGGUGCCCCGGGUUCCUCCUGGAGGUCUUAAUGAGAACACAAGAAAGCAAUUGGAGCUCAAACGUGAUUCAACAAACCAAAUCCUCAAGGCUGCAAUGGCCAUUAACAGUAAUGCUUUAUCUGAGAUGGAAAUUCCACAAUCUUACCUUGAUUCACUUCCUAAGAAUGGAAGAGCAAGCUUAGGUGAUGUAAUAUACAGAUACAUAACUUCAGAUAAAUUUUCGCCUGAAUGCCUCCUCGAUUGCCUAGAUUUCGCCUCUGAACACCAAGCACUAGAUAUUGCCAAUCGUGUCGAGGCAUCAAUCCACAUUUGGCGACGACGUACAACCGUUUCUAAGCCUACAAACAACACAAGACCAUCUUGGGGUAUCGUCAAGGAGAUGAUCAUAGAUGCGGAUAAGAGAGAGUUGCUUGCUGGAAGAGCUGAGACUCUCUUGCUUUGCUUGAAACAAAGAUUCCCCGGCCUCACUCAAACCACACUGGAUGUGAGCAAAAUUCAAUUCAACAAGGAUGUGGGAAAGUCGAUACUUGAAAGUUACUCGAGAGUUCUGGAGAGCUUGGCAUUCAACAUUCUUUCGCGCAUCGAUGAUCUGCUCUCGGCCGAUGAUUUUGCUAAACAUUCAGAUAAAUUAUCUCCAGUUCAUCCAACUGCUCUAAUUGUUUCUCAAGCACUUCAUAUGCAAACUACUCCAUUUGCAGCCACAUUCAUCAAUAAAAAGCUUGACAUGAGUGCAAAAACACAGUACUAAUACAUUGAAGUUCAAUGUUUCUCUUUUGUAUUAAUUCUUUCAUGUUCUGCCAGUGAAUUAAGUUAUCCUGUAAUAUUAUGAAUUAUCUUAUGUUACUUCUUAUUAAUCUUUAGAUGAUGUAUAAAGUUAUUGUAUUAUGUAAUAUUAUA